CUCCAACAAGAACACGCAAAGGCACCCAAGAAUUCUGGGUUUCUUCUCUUCACUCUCCCCAACCUUAUCAAAGCAAUAAGUAGGCCGAAGAUCCUGCUGGUAAAAUCAUGCACCAAAAAUCCCAUGGCACAAACCAUCUUGGAUUCAAUUCUAAUAUCAAUACUGCUUACACCAUUUGCCCUCAUCCUUGGUGGCGUGGUGUAGAGCAUGAUGCCAUCACCCUAGACUUCACUAGGGAAAGCAAAGAAAACCCCUCCUCACCAAAAUCCCCCUAUCGUGGCAUACGGAUCCACUCGAGCACAUUACAAUCUAAGGCAGGAUUGGAUAGUGAAACUGAUGCUAAAACAGAAAUCACUUUUGUGUCACAAUCAGAUGCGGACAGAAAAUAUGAAGAACCACAUGCACCUUGUGGCAUCCCUUUUCCUCAAAAGAUGGGUGAACACCAUGCAGCUCGAGCUGACUGGGAACUUGUUAGCCACUCAAUUGCAUAUCCUUAUUCUGAUCCAUACUAUGGGGGAGCUGUUCCUUCUUAUGGUCCUCAGGCUUUGGUUCAUUCUCCUUGUCUUGGAUUGCAUACCUCAAGAAUGGUACUGCCUCUUGAAAUGGCUGAGGAACCUGUUUAUGUAAAUGCAAAGCAAUACCAUGGCAUUUUGCGGCGAAGACAAUCUCGUGCCAAAGCUGAGCUUGAAAGGAAAGUAAUUAAAGCUAGAAAGCCAUAUCUCCACGAGUCUCGACAUUUACAUGCUAUGAGGAGGGCAAGAGGUUGUGGAGGACGAUUUAUAAACCAGAAGAAGCUUGAUCAAGAUGCUACUAAUGCCAUGAGUAGCAAGAGCACCAGCUCGGUUGCCAAUGUUUCAUCAACUCAUGCCAAAUCUUCAAUUUCCGGGCCUAUAGCAUCCUUCAAUGCCAAUCCAAGAUGGUUGCACACCAACCGCGAUGAAAGAAUUGCGGUGAAUGGUUCCAGCCAGAGAACUCUAAGGCAUUAACUGAACGUCUGAACCUUUUACUUGCUGAAAAGGGAUGGCCUGUAUUGUAUAUUUCAUGAGAUCUUUGAGCACAGGGAAAUGGUGGAAGAAAUAUAGACCUUAUCGACCAAUGGCAGGUGCUUGUUCAUAUUUUGUUGCUUUCGUGGGCAAAUCAUUCUUGGCUUUCUUUAUUUUCUUUUGGUUAGAGAGAGGAGAUAACGUGAAUGUAUAGAGACAUAGUUGAGAGUAGACCUUGUAUGGAGUUUGAAGAUAUUUGUAUAUUAUUUUCAUUUAGGAUUUGAGAUGCGUGAAUCUCUGUGUCUUGUUUUUUUUUUUUCUCUGAAACGGGAGGGAUGAUUCAAACCCUGAUCACUAGAAUGAUACACACUAUCUUUAUCA